CACUUUACGCAAUACCCUCGUCACUUUCUCUUCAACCAAAAAAGAAAGAAAAAGCAGUGGGGAGACGUUUGAAUUGGAAAUAGGAAGAGAGCAAAAAUGGUGGACUUGGCAAGGGUACAAAAGGAGCUGCAAGAGUGCAACAGAGAUGUUGGGGUUUCAGGAAUAAGUGUAACCCUUAAAGGUGACAGUCUCACUCACUUGAUUGGUACAAUCCCUGGUCCUCUUGGUACUCCUUAUGAAGGUGGUUCUUUCAAGAUCGAUAUCACUCUUACUGAUGGCUACCCAUUCGAGCCUCCAAAAAUGAGAUUUGCCACAAAAGUUUGGUAUGAGAAGCAGACAUGCUCUAUCAUUUCUUUCUAUUCUUUCUUCUCCUUUGUAGUAACAGGAGUAAUGCCUGUGCAAAAUUUCAUUUGGUGAACUGCUGACUUAGGUUGUGAUAUGAAGUAAUAACAAAUGGCGGAUUACCUAUUGGAUUAUUAAUGUUUGUAAUUUUGAUCAGCUACUGUUUCUUAUAUAGAACAUAUUGACAAGUCAUGAUGUCUCUACUUCAGAUUCUGUUAAUCGGGCUCAUGAAAUGUGGUCAAACAUCAGAGGAUGAAAACACCUGAUAUCUGAGAAUAAUACAGUACAAAUUUAAAUGAGCGGUGGUGUGUGGUAGGUAAUGAGGGUGAUGAAAGAAUUCUAGAACAAAAAUAUUCCUUCUAGUAAAUCUGAAGUUUAAAAGCAUUUGCAAGAUACUCAACAUUAUUUAGUGAUAUUAACUUCUCCAGAGUUCUAAAAUCAUUAUGCAUCAGUGUCCGUAAAGUAUCCCUGCAUCUCUCAUCUUAAAUAGUGUUAAAAUGUGCUUCCACAGAAAUUGAUUACCUCUGGCAUACUCCUUAUUUCUUUUUCCUCUUGAUGAAAGCCUAACUUCACAUUAUUGUUAUUGUCAUGAACCUAUAAUUGAAGCGUUCAAGGUUAACAUCAGUAAGUGCUCCUUUCUAGAUAAAAGUAAAUCUUAUGUAGGAUAUGCUAUGAUGAAAACAUGUUUGGUUUACGCAUUGCUUCCUCUAGGACUUGAAUACACUACUUAACCAUAUUUUUCAAUUUCAUCAAAUAGGUCCAAUAGGUGUCAUCCUUUCACUGAUGAAGUAGAAUAUAAUAGCAAGACUUUAGCCAAUCUUUAGCAUCUGCCGAGCUGAGAAAACCACUUGCACACAUUGUUGAGAUUGCCUUGAUUUGUUCGAUGUUUUUACUUAAAUAAUAUUGACUUAUCCUGAAAUAGAUUUCUCAGAAAACCAUGAGCAUGACCUUAUCGUUAUCUCUUACGUUUUUUCUGUGCCAUACACUUUGUCCCACAUAUGCAAUUAAAAGCUAGUGUUAAUCGCCACCUAAUCUAUCAUAGAAACUCCUCCAUUUUGCUCCCUUCCUCUAACACAACAGCAGAGCAAAUGAGCUUGUUGUGUACAUUCCAAUGGAGCUUAAAGAUACAAACUUCUCAUUGUAAUUCAACCUACAUUAUCAACAUAGAAUUGACAGCCACAAAUACCCUUUUCACUGUACGCAAGCCUCUCUUUGCUCCUCGCACCUACGCACCAACCACCAAAAGCAUGAGCAAAGUAAAGCUUCUGUGGAUACCAGUUAUAUCAUUUAAAAAAAAAUGCAAGGCAGACAUCCUUGGAGGGUGUGAUAUUUCUACAACAGGAUCUUGGCCUUCCGAAUGACUAACUUUUACAUAGACCUUGAAUACGGUAUCCAAUUGAAGUAUCAGAAG